AUGGCCGCAGCUCCGAAAGAAGCGCAGAAUUCUGUUAGCUUCGCACCCACAGCCGCCGAAGAUUCAGCCGCCGCCGCCGUCGUCCGCCGUGAGAAUGCUUCAGCCCCUGAUUGGGGCGUCCCGUCUACCGCUGAAGAUCUGCAGAGCAAGAAUUUGGCGUCCUUGAUGCUAGUCGAUCCUUCUACUAAAGCUCCGACUAAAGGGAUCCAGCUAAUGCCAAGGGCUCAAACUAAGCAUCCUUUGGAUCCUUUAUCUGGUGCUGAAAUCUCCGUAGCCGUGGGAACAGUAAGGGCAGCUGGAGCCACCCCUGAGCUCAGAGAUAGCAUGCGGUUUAUUGAAGUGGUUUUACUUGAGCCAGAUAAAAAUGUGGUGGCACUAGCCGAUGCCUAUUUCUUUCCCCCUUUUCAGCCCUCAUUAUUGCCUAGGACGAAAGGAGGACCGUUAAUUCCUAGUAAACUCCCUCCAAGGAGAGCUAGAUUAGUAGUCUACAACAAAAAGUCCAACGAAACUAGCGUGUGGAUUGUUGAGCUGGCUGAAGUACAUGCUACAACUCGAGGGGGCCAUCAUAGGGGAAAAGUGAUUUCUUCUACAGUUGUCCCCGAUGUUCAGCCACCAAUGGAUGCUGCAGAAUAUGCUGAAUGCGAAGCUGUUGUCAAGGAUUACCCUCCUUUUAUAGAAGCCAUGAAGAGGAGGGGCAUUGACGAUAUGGAUCUAGUAAUGGUUGAUCCUUGGUGUGUUGGUUACCAUAGUGAGGCUGAUGCCCCUAAGCGUAGGCUUGCGAAACCACUUAUCUUUUGCCGAACAGAGAGCGACUGCCCGCUGGAAAAUGGAUAUGCCCGGCCUGUUGAAGGGAUACAUGUACUAGUUGAUAUGCAAAACAUGGUAGUAAUUGAGUUUGAAGACCGUAAGCUAGUUCCCUUACCUCCAGCUGAUCCACUGAGAAACUAUACACCUGGUGAAACAAGAGGCGGUGUGGAUAGAAGCGAUGUGAAAUCUCUUCAAAUUGUUCAACCUGAAGGUCCGAGCUAUCGGAUUAAUGGACAUUACGUAGAGUGGCAGAAGUGGAACUUCCGCAUUGGUUUCACUCCGAGGGAGGGCUUGGUCAUUCAUUCUGUUGCCUAUGUUGAUGGCAGUCGAGGUCGUAGACCUAUUGCACAUAGGUUGAGUUUUGUGGAGAUGGUUGUGCCAUAUGGAGAUCCCAAUGAUCCACAUUACAGAAAAAAUGCAUUUGAUGCUGGGGAAGAUGGGCUGGGAAAGAAUGCUCAUUCUCUUAGAAAGGGUUGCGAUUGUCUGGGAUAUGUAAAGUACUUUGAUGCACAUUUCACAAAUUUCACUGGAGGAGUUGAAACUACCGAGAACUGUGUAUGCUUGCACGAAGAAGAUCAUGGGAUCUUAUGGAAGCAUCAAGACUGGAGAACUGGCCUUACAGAAGUUCGGAGAUCAAGGCGUCUGGCUGUUUCUUUUAUUUGCACAGUGGCUAAUUAUGAAUAUGGAUUCUACUGGUACUUUUAUCAGGCAAGUAGGAGUAUUAAAACCGAGGUUAAACUUACUGGAAUCCUUAGUUUAGGAGCACUUCAACCUGGAGAAUCUAGAAAAUAUGGCACAUCAAUUGCCCCAGGACUGUAUGCCCCAGUUCACCAACACUUUUUUGUUGCUCGUAUGGACAUGGCGGUUGACUGUAGACCUGGAGAAAUGCAUAAUCAGGUUGUUGAAGUGAACAUGAGAAUCGAAGAACCAGGGAAGGAUAAUGUUCACAACAAUGCAUUCUACGCUGAAGAGACUUUACUUAGAUCUGAAUUGGAAGCCAUGCGUGAUUGUGAUCCAUUAUCCGCCCGCCACUGGAUUAUUAGAAACACCAGAACCGUGAAUAGGACCGGACAGCUAACAGGCUACAACACAACUUAUGGGUUACGCCAUAUGCACGUGGAGAGGACUUUCCUGGAGGAGAAUUUCCUAACCAGAAUCCGCGUGUUGGGGAAGGGUUGGCUUCUUGGGUCAAACGAAAUCGGCCUCUUGAAGAAACUAAUAUUGUACUCUGGUAUAUUUUUGGAAUUACACAUGUUCCACGCUUGGAAGACUGGCCUGUCAUGCCGGUCGAACACAUUGGCUUUGUGCUUCAACCACAUGGAUUCUUCAACUGUUCACCUGCAGUUGAUGUGCCGCCAAAUACUUGUGAUGCGGAUGCGAAAGAUAGUGACGUCAAGGAGAAUGUCGUAUCUAAGCCUAUGUCUAUGUCAUCUGGGUUGA